AUGCUUGUUACAUCGAUGUUUUAUGACAAUCUCGAUUUUCACAUACUUGAGGACAAAAAAUAUAUCAUCAACUUUCUAUGGAUACAACAAAAAUGUAACAGUUGCGCCAAAAUGGUUUCGGGAAAGACACUGCUGGGUGUGUGUUUUGUCGGCCUUUGGGCUAUUGUUGGUGCACAGUAUAAGCUACCCGUCCAGCCGCAGUAUUUUAUUGCUGCGCCAAGGAAGGUUUACCCCAAUGAAGUGGUCCAGGUUGCCGUGACUAUACUCAGUAUGCAGUACAAAUACCUCAAUGUUAGGGCCUCAAUUCGCAAGGACCAGACGGAAUACACAGGCCAAACAAUGAGAUUUGACAGAGAGUCGACUCUGUUUAUGCAAAUGCAGAUGCCAUCGAAUGCCAGGCCUGGUAACUACACAUUAAGGGUCGAGGGUACGGCAAACGGGGCGCCUGGACCAGUUUUCUUCAAUGAAACAGAGCUAUUAUUUGACCAAAAACAAGUUUCCGUUUUCAUCCAACUAAAUAAGCCUUUCUUUCGAAACGGAAUGACAGUAAAAUUCCGAGUUAUACCACUGACUCCUAAUUUAUUCCCAGUGUUCGGCAGCAUGGACAUCUAUGUAGAGGACCCAAGCAGAGUGGAGGUCAGAAGGUGGUUGGGCCAACAAACAAAUGCCGGAGGGGUUCUGGAGAUGGAGUUUGAAAUAGCAGAUCAAGUCAAAUGGGGAGCAUGGCGAAUUAGGGUCGAGGCAUUCGGUCACAAGUACGAACGUCUCUUCGAAGUUGAGGAAUUUUAUCAACCUCGAUUUGACGUGAACGUCAGCAUGCCUGCACAUGUUAUGGCGGAUGAAGAUUACUUUGAAGGGGAGGUUUCUACAACGAGAACAGAUGGCGCUCCUGGUACGGGAAAUGGCUACUUGAACGUAGAGGUACGAGAACCGGGAGAAGAUUUCAGCAGAUGGCAUUCUUUACAGAGGAAUAUCUCACACUUCCACAGCAGUUACACUUUUAAAUUCCGAAUGGAUGAGAUCCGGCAUCUAACACCGGAUUUCAGACUUAUAGGACGUGAGCUCCGAGUAGAUGCCUAUAUUAAUGACUGGUAUGUGGUAGACAAUAGAACAGGGUGGUCCAGCGCUCUUGUUUAUGGGCAAACUGUGAUACUUGAUUGGUUGGGCGAUAAUGUAAAGACGUUUAAACCUGGCAUGCCAUGGACUGCUUAUUUGUCAGCAAAAAGGCACGAUGGUUCUAGAUGGAAUAAUGAGACAUACAGGACUAUCCACAUACAAAGGAGGGUAACUGGUACAGGGGGAGGGAAUGAGUACACAAGCCACGUGCUACCUGAUGAUGGUGUACUCAGAUAUGACUACACACCUAAAACUGGGGAUGAGUUGAUAACACUUAGGGCUCGUAUGGAAGAUUGGAGUGAAUCGGAGACAGAGAUGAUGGCCUCCAAGGUCUACUCUAAAACAGGCCAAUACAUACACAUCAGUACAUCAACUACGUCCCCUCAAGUUGACAAAUACAUGAUAUUCACUAUAAGAGCAAACGUGUGGGUUCCAAAGUUGUAUUAUCUGAUAGUUUCCAUGGGAAAUAUUGUAACAGGUGACAUACUUCACAUGCAGUCUCGGCAGAAAACAUUCUCUGUGGCUCUAUCAAGAGAUAUGUCCCCUAGUUCACGAAUUGUGGCUUAUUUCAUUAAAGAUGGCGAAGUUGUUGUAGAUAGUCUUCAGUUCCAUGUUACCAAUUAUCUGACAAAUAUGACCAUGGCGGUCAACAUGGGAAAAGACUUCAGUGGUGGAACGGUGGAACUAAUCACGAACGCUCAGCCUGGCGCGUUUGUUGCAUUUUCCGGUGACGACUAUCACCUAUUCUACAAGGACGCACAUUCUUUCCUAACAGAGAGACAGAUAUACGAAGAGCUCUACACAUUUGAUUCCCAUGCAAAUAUUAGUUCCCACCAACCAUGGGCGCUACCUGAACAUCAAUGGGACGAUACAUUCUUCAAUGCACAGACUUAUGGGUACGAUUCUAACACAACAUUUCUGUAUGCUGGUUUGGUUGUAUUCACAGAUGCGAACCUAACUGCAAGAUAUCAUGAGUGUAACCAGACGUUGGGAUAUUUCCCAUGUAGGGAUGGAACUUGUUAUCCCAUUUCAAAACAAUGUGAUGAAAUCAUUGAUUGUCCAAAUGACGGUGCAGAUGAAUUUGGAUGUGCGUGGCAAGACAGACCAAAAUAUAACUACUCAAUGGUUCUUCCAUCAUGGAGGAUGCAUCAUCCUAGUAGGUUAUUCACGGAGGAUGGAGCCUGGAUGUGGCAGAGCUCUUUCAUAAAGCCAAAUGGUCAGGUUGAACUUAUGGUAACAGUACCUGCAGAACCCAUGGUGUGGGUGAUGGGUGGAUUCACCCUCAGUCGGGAACAGGGACUACAGAUUAUGAAACUCGGUGAUAUUCCUAGGAUGGACGCCACCAGUUCGUUUUAUUUCAUCCUUGAAGCGCCCAAGAAGGCUAUAAAAGGAGAACAGAUAGGCGUCAGGAUGGCUGUUUUCAACAAUUGGGAAGAUAACAUUGAAGCUUUAAUUACAAUGCAUAAAUCUCCAAACCAUAAGUUUGUUAGAGUGGAAGAUUUUGGUGUGGUCAGUUCGUAUGCUCCAAGAUUGGGGGACAGUGACCUACAAACGAUGCUUUUUGUGCCAGAGGGAAAAUCUACUUGGAUCUACUUCCCAGUACAGUUGAUAAAAACCGGGGAGGUAGAAGUCAAAUUCAGUGCUUGUCAUUUCUGGGGUUGUUCGGAAGACAGUGUGACAAUAAACGUUGAGAUGGAUGGAGUAACAAACUAUUUCCACAUUCCUUACACAAUAGAUUUGAUAUCUCAGGGAUCCCUCUAUAUGCCAGAUAUGGAGAUCCCUAUACCAGAGAAGUUUAUAGUGCCUGAACAGAGAGAACAUUUGUAUGUGCCUGGGUCACAGAAAGCAUGGGUCAACAUUGUGGGGGAUGUAGUCGGGCCUGGCAUGUUUGAAGAGUUCCUGGAUGCUGAGAAUGUUAUCGCUAGGCCAUUCGGUUGUGGAGAACAAAACAUGUUCAACUUUGCCCAGAAUCUUUAUAAUCUUAAGUUCCUCAAAAUUACUGACCAGCUGGAGCAGGCGCAACUGAAGAAGCAUCUUGCGAAGAUGAACCUCUCCUAUCAGAGACAACUCAGCUACUUCUUAUUAGAACAUUCCUCAACGGACUCAUUCAGAUUAUUUCGUGAGCACACAAAUUCUAGUUUAUGGAUGACCGCAUUUGUAUUGAAGACCUUUAACGCUGCAAGAGAAUCAGAUUGGGAGGGCGACCUCUAUAUUCCAAUAAAUUUCUUAAACAGGAUAGCCAUGUGGGUAGUUAAUCAACAAAACACUACAACAGGAGCAUUCAAACAAGUUGGGAAACUUUAUGAUAGGAAGAUGAUGUCUAACUAUACCAUAGUAGGAGAGCAACGCCAGUUGUCGAACGUCACCAUUACAGCCCAUACGUUGAUAUCACUGACGCUAAAUACACACCUUACAGGGGAAGCCCGGGCACGUGUGGAAAAUGCGAAGUCGUUGGCUGUUCAUUACUUAGAGAAAAACCUUAAUAGCAUCGUUGACGCAUAUCAGAUGUCUAUUGUUACAUACGCCCUUCAUAUAGCGAAUAGUGUCCAGAAGAACGCAGCUUUUAGAAAACUCGAAUCCAUGAAAAUUGAUGACGACGACCAUAUAUAUUGGGCGAAUAAACCAGUCCCAAAGAAUCCCUCAAAGAUUGUGAAUACAGUUCCAAUAAUGGAAUCUCGACAGGAGUAUGACAAUGAGGCGUAUGCAGUGGAAGCAACAGCAUACGCAAUGAUGACAUACCUACUAAACAACAGAUACAGAGAAUGUAUCCCGAUGAUGAGAUGGAUGCAGACAUUACGUAAUACAAUUGGUGGUAUGGCAUCAACUCAGGACUCCAUCCUAUCUCUGGAGGCCCUUGUAGAAUUUGCUAGACGGGACACAAACAGAGACUUAUACAACAUGGAGAUCGACUUAGAAGUCACAUCAGACCCCCAGUGGCGUCACACCGUCAGAUUGAACAAAGAUAACUUUGCCACAUUGCAUAAAGUAGAGAUACCAAAAGUAUGGGGUCAUGUAAAAUCUAGAGCAAGAGGAACUGGGGUAGCUCUUAUGUCUCUAGAGUCACAGGUGAAUGUGGAAUACGCUCACCAACAGAAUCAGCCAAUAGAUUGGUUCUAUGAUCUAGAACCAGGAAACAUAGAAUGGACAGGCAGGAACUUCAGUAUAAUGCACAUGUCAGUUUGCGCUAGGUGGAGGAGAUUAGACAUAGCGAAUCAAACAGGAUUCACCAACAUUGAGGUACACUUACCAACAGGCUAUAGAGCAUUCGAUGACUGGCUUAACAACUAUGCUGCAUCCAACGAAUGUGACAAUGUUAAAAGAGCAGAAUUCGAUCGUGAUAGAAACAAAGUCAUAUUUUUCUUAGAAUAUCUUAACUCCACCAGAACAUGUGUGCGUUUUAAGGCUGAAAGAUGGUAUCCUGUGUCUAACGUCAGUAUCCAACACUAUAUGAGAGUUUAUGAUUAUUAUGAACCAGGUAUUCACAACUCAACGCUGUAUACAACGUACAAUCUCUUCAAUCUUCAUAUAUGUCAGGUGUGUGGCAGCUUCCAGUGCCCUUAUUGCCCAUACUAUAAUACAGCAGCGACAGUCGUGACAUCUAUUAGCGCAAUGUGCCUUUAUACUGCCAUCUAUAUUGUUUUUAAGACAUUAAAUCUACGUAUGCAUGAUGAUACUGGAUGGACAUAAUAAAAAAAACAUUUUUGUUUUUUAUGUCUAAAGUUUGACUUUAGAUAUGCCAUUAUAGCCUGAUAGAUUUAUAUAAUGUAAUAACAUUCUGUUUACAAGUAUACCGGCGAGAUUUAUAAAAGACAAUCAAAAGCUGUUCAGUCACUAUAUUUUUAUUUGUCAGUUUGGAAAAUGAGAUGAAUUUUUAUACUAGUAUAUCAAAAGGAUCAGCAUUUUUUGUAAAUAUGUCUAUAGUAUAAAUAGCCAUCACCUGGUAUACUUAUUUUACAUGUUUUAUAAAAUUGUAUAUUAGUUGUAAAUAAAUGUCAAACGAAUGGCUUAUUCAGAA